AUGUACAGCCGUCAAACAACCCCCCCGAAUGCUUCAUUCAACUACAUCCCCGGCAGUGUCGGCUCAGAUAUCACAUACUACUCGCAAGCCUCAUCACCAGAACCCCAGCUGGCUGUCCCCACUCCCCCACGGUCACCGGUAAGGCAAUAUGGUCCUGUUCUCCUCCCCAAGGUUCGCGUUCAGGACCAGGUAUCUGAGCCCACCACUGGUCCCGUCAGACAUCGCAGGACGACGUCUAACUCCAGUGCCGGCUAUGCCUACAGCCCCUACUCACGUUCAUCCUCCAUGGCCCGCCGUGGAUCAAGCCCUUUGAACCACAACAUCCACAACAUGCACAGCACACUCACAUCCCCCGUGUCAACUGCCUCGUCAUACGACUUCAACCUCUCCACUCUCAACUCCCCCAUCACCUACCCACAGCAGCCUGAACUUCCUCGGCGGCCAUCAUACAUGAGCUCGCACUCUCGCUCAGCCUCUGCCAACCGCGCCCGCCACGAUCGCUCUGGCUCUGCCGGAAGUGUCGACGAGCAAGUCAUCAGCCGCUAUGGCUUCCCCACCUACCGCAACAUGCCUAGCUAUGUUACUGCCUCGGCUGCGCCUCAGUCCAACUUGGGUGUUGCGACGGCUUUCCCCUCCACAUACUCCUCCGCCCAGGACAUGUCCAACUUCACUGCGUCUUGCAUCCAGGAGUUUUCUGUCCCAGAGUUCGACACUGCCCCAGCUGUUCAGUACCCAGCUUUUGGAGACUUCGCCUUCGAUGGCUUCCAGCAGAUGCAAGCCACAUCCUCUUUGGUAGAGUACCUCGCUUCUCCCAAUCCAUCUCCAUCUCUGGUCCGCCGCGUCACUAGCGCACCCCGAGGCAUCAACAACCACUUCUGGUGGGACAUCCGCAACCUUCGCAGCUGGGAAGACUUCAACAUCACCACCAUCAAGUCCAUCCCUUCGGUGCUUCCUCUCCUUGAGGUCCCCGUCCCAGCGACCUACCUUCCCCAGCCCUGCCGCCAGAACCUGCAGCCCGAGAACGAGUCGGCUCUUCAAGAUAUCUGCACCAACUACUACGCCAACAAGGUCAAUGCAGCUCUCAAGGUCACUCAAGGAAACAGCCACAUGAUCAUGCGCGCCAUCAAGCCAGUAGCCGGCCAACGUCAACAACCAGAGUUCAUCUCCAACUACCCCUCCGACUACGAGAAGACGCUCUUUGGCGACAGCCGUGGCCGCGUCGUUGGUCUUGUCAAAUGCUACGACCAAUGGAACACUGGCAUGCGCAGCGAGUCACCCCCCAAGCAAGUCCUCUACCUCCAGGGCCUCGCUCACCUCCAACGCGUCAUGCGCGAGCACGGCUGCCGCUACGGCUUCAUCAUGACCGAAAUUGAGCUUCUUUGUGUCCGCUGCGGUGGUCCCUCCGACAUGUCCACCCCUGACCCCACCACCGUCAAUGCCCAAACCGGCGUGCCCAUCUUCGGCUACCUCGAGACCUCAGCCCCCAUCAGCCUGUCAACCAAUGGCUCUCACCCAGAAACCGGUGACAUGCAGCUUACUGCCGCGCUCGCCCUCUGGUACCUCCACAUGCUUGCCAAGGAGAACCCCUUCGAGGGCAUGGGAACCUGGCGCAUGGACGUUGGCGGCCCUGCUGCUCUCACCCGCCAAAACUUCCUCGAGAAGGACUCUUGGAUCCCCAAGCCCCAGCUUGGCGAGAAGCGAGAGGCUAAGCGCAUCAGAGGUUGGGUAUUCCCUGAUGAGCCGCUUAGCAAGAGGGAGUGCGGCAAGGGCAAGAGGGGCAAGAGCAUUGGAUAG